UGAAUGAAGUUUUCUGGGUAAUGGCUUGAAAUGUUUUCCUUGUGAGAAGUGGUGUUGAGUUACAGCGAGCAGCGGAGAACUGGGAGGAGAGAAACAGCAGCCCCAACCCGGCCCCCUCCUUUUCUUGGGCUGGUAGAAAGGUGGACAUGGGCUCCCGGAGACAAGACAAGUGAUAUGUUGAACUGUCCUGUGGCUGCAAUUGUCUGCUCCCGGAGAGACCCGAGGUCAGUGUUUACCAGGGUUUAGCCAGGGCCAGUGGAGCAGGCACAGAUGCGCUGCUGUGAAAUGCCACGCAGGCAGAGACUGACAGGCGGUAGGAGCUGAGCUUUCCCCCUGGACUGCUGUUUCCUGCUGUGUUCAGGGGAGGGGGUGCUUGCUUUCUGGCAACUCCUGCUGCUGUUGCUGCUGCUGCUGCUGCUGCUGCUACUUCAUCUCUUUCUCCACUCCAGGUAAGCAGACUCAAAGGGAGGGCAGGCUGCAAGGGAAGCCUUUGUACAAUGAACAAGAUCCGAAAGUUUUUCCGAGGAAGUGGGCGAGUCUUGGCAUUUAUAUUUGUGGCUUCUGUCAUCUGGCUGCUCUUUGACAUGGCAGCUCUCCGCCUCUCAUUCAGUGAGAUCAACACUCGCCUCCUCAAGGAAGAUAUCGUGAGGAGGGAGCAGAUAGGAUUCAGAGUGCAGCCAGACCAAAUGAAGAUCCUUUACAGCAGCAUCAAAGAGACGAGGCCUCCCCAGAGGGGACAUGGGAAGGGGGCUUGGGGCAAAGACAAUUUUAGAAAGACUGAGGACAGUGUGCACAAGUUUCAGGAUCACUUGGACCCAACACAGAGGCAAAGAAAAAUGAAAAACAACCUGGGAAGGGACAAAGUGGUACCUUUGUGGUAUCCUGCACAUCUACAGAACCUCACAGGGACCCUUACCAAGCAGAAGAUGGAGGGAAGAGACAGCAAAUAUGAAAUUUUCUUCCAUCGGGUGACAUCAAAUCAGACAACAGCUCAGAGGGCUUGGAAAACCCCAUUUGUAGUGGCAAAAGGAACUCCAUUAGCCAAAAUAUCUGUACAUACAGGACCUGUCAGUGUAAAACAGGAGGCCCAGAGGAGUCAUAAUCUCAGCAGUGACACAUCAAAACCAGCAGGUGGAAGGGCCCUGAACAUGACCAUCACUCUUAGAGCAAAGCAGCAAUCACAAGCAGUCGCAAACGAGAGGACACACCCUGGUGGCUCAUCAGUGCCCAAAUCUAGGGAAGCCAUAGCCUUAAAACAAAUUGUGACUCAGAGCAAAGAGCUAAAUGCAAAUAGACACAAAGUCAAUAAGGGUCUUCCUUUUUUCAAGUUCAUUGCCAGUUCCAGUCACUUAAAGAAGCCAUCUAUGAAUGAGACAUGGUUGGGAGGCAUGCCAAAGCAUGAUGGAGUCAAAGUGGCUCAGGGGAAGAGACUCGACUUCCCUGAAAGCCAUGUUGUGAUUGUAACUAAAGAGGAGGAAUUAAAGACAAACACCAACGAGGUUUCCAACUCUAAAACCAAAACUAUAUUACCUAAAGUAUUGGGGGGAAGCCAAGAGAAACACAUUUCCAGGAAUAGGAGCGAGGCAGAUCUGUCUUCACUUGCUUCACAGAGGGCAACAGUGUCUCAAACCAAAAAAGCCUUAGGAGGGCGCCUGGGGACUGCAAGAAUCAACUCGACUACCAAGGCACAGCAUGCAGAACGCAACCAAAGUCACACAAAAGCCCCUCCAACUCAACACCAGGGGAUGCACCAAGUGUUACGAGUAGACGUGACACUUUCUCCAAGAGACCCUAAAGCUCCAGGUCAGUUUGGACGUCCUGUGGUGGUUCCCCCUGGAAAGGAGAAAGAGGCAGAACGAAGAUGGAAGGAAGGAAACUUCAACGUCUACCUUAGUGAUCUGAUCCCAGUGGACAGAGCCAUUGAAGACACAAGACCUGCUGGGUGUGCAGAACAACUAGUUCACGAUAACCUCCCAACUACCAGUGUGAUCAUGUGCUUCGUGGAUGAGGUGUGGUCCACUCUCCUGAGAUCCGUUCACAGUGUCCUCAACCGCUCUCCUCCGCACCUCAUCAAGGAGAUUGUGCUGGUUGAUGACUUUAGCACCAAAGACUACCUAAAAGAUAAUUUGGAUAAAUACAUGUCUCAGUUUCCAAAAGUUCGAAUUCUUCACCUCAAGGAGAGACAUGGCUUAAUACGAGCCAGGCUGGCAGGAGCACAGAAUGCAACAGGUGAUGUGUUGACGUUCCUAGAUUCUCAUGUGGAAUGUAAUGUUGGUUGGUUGGAACCUCUUCUGGAAAGAGUUUAUUUAAGUAGAAAGAAAGUGGCCUGUCCAGUAAUUGAAGUCAUCAAUGACAAGGAUAUGAGUUAUAUGACAGUGGACAACUUUCAAAGAGGUAUCUUUGUAUGGCCCAUGAACUUCGGUUGGAAAACAAUUCCUCCAGAUGUCGUUGCAAAAAACAAAAUCAAGGAAACUGAUAUAAUACGGUGCCCUGUCAUGGCAGGUGGAUUAUUUUCUAUUGAUAAAAAUUACUUUUUUGAACUUGGAACCUAUGACCCUGGACUUGAUGUUUGGGGUGGAGAAAAUAUGGAGCUCUCAUUUAAGGUGUGGAUGUGUGGUGGAGAAAUUGAGAUCAUUCCCUGCUCCCGAGUGGGCCACAUCUUCAGAAAUGACAAUCCAUAUUCCUUCCCCAAAGACCGAAUGAAGACCGUGGAGCGGAACUUGGUGCGGGUGGCUGAGGUCUGGCUUGAUGAGUACAAGGAGCUGUUCUAUGGCCACGGGGAUCACCUCAUAGACCAAGAGCUUGAGGUGGGCAACCUCACCCAGCAGAGGGAGCUUCGAAAGAAACUGAAAUGUAAAAGUUUCAAAUGGUACUUGGAGAAUGUCUUUCCAGAUUUGAAGGCUCCCAUUGUGAGAGCUAGUGGUGUGCUUAUUAACGUGGCCUUGGGUAAAUGUGUUUCCAUUGAAAACACCACAGCCAUCCUGGAAGACUGUGAUGGGAGCAGCCAGCUUCAACAAUUUAAUUACACCUGGUUAAGACUAAUUAAACAAAAAGGAUGGUGUUUGGCCCCCAUCCCUGAAGAGGGAUCCCUAACGCUGCACCCCUGUGAUAACAAAAACAAAGGGCUAAAAUGGCUGCAUAAAUCCACCUCCGUCUUUCAUCCAGAACUGGUAAAUCACAUUGUUUUUGAAAACUAUCAUCAGUUGUUGUGCUUGGAAGGAAAUUUUCCACAGAAGAUGCUUAAAGUAGCUGCUUGUGACCCAACCAAACCACAUCAAAAGUGGAAAUUUGAAAAGUACCUUGAAGAAUGAAGAGGAACUGAGGUUUUGCCUGGUCAACCCAUUAGAUAACUGUGAAAGUAACAGUGAACUCAGUGACUCUAUUUUUCAGUGGUAGUUUAAAUUUUCAAUGGAAUGGAAGAUUUUUUUAAAAUCACAAUAUUUAGAGUACCAAAAGAUAACUCAGGGAAACGGUCCACCAUUUGGGUGGUCUGGAGUCCUGGUGGACUGGAGUCCUUCAGCCCAGGGUGGCCUUUGGUAUCGCCUACUUCCUGCCCUAUGCAGGAACUCAUUCUGCAGGUUUCCCUGGUGUCAUCCCACAGGUAACCAGAAAUGGUAACAGACAUGGGGGAGCACAAUGAUAUUCACAAUGACUGUCUUUAAACCCACAGAGAACCUGGUCCUUUAUUUUUUCAUCAAACAUAAACUGCAUGAGUUCUUAUGGCUAGAAAAAUAUCAGAUGCACAUAGAGUUACAAUUCUGUUGAAAUUUCUAUACAUUCAUUUUUACCUAGCAAUUUAAAACAGUACUGAUCAACUAUUGAUGACCCCACCUAAUAGCUGGGUUGUGAUCUAGAUUAUUGCAUAGUCUUUUAUUCUCAGUCUGAGUCAUAGAAAAACUUUUAAGUAAGAAAAAAGGGGUCUUUAUAAAAAUAUUUAAUUCUAAAUGUAGAAAUUGUUUCAGCUCAUUUUGUGCUUUUAAAACUGCACUUUUAAAUAAUUGGUCAUACCAGUAACUUCCUGGAUUUUUGUGGAUAUUAAUUUUUAAAAAGCAAAGAAAAAUAGUAGUAACCAAAAAUAUAUUUGGUUGCUGAAGAUACUCUAAUUUGGGGAAAAGUGAGAAGAGUUGAAACAAAGCAGAAAUACUGCACUGAAAAAUAUUAAUUUUAUAUGAAAAUAAUCAGAUGCUAUUUUAGAUUUAACAACAUUAGUGGGAUGAAGUAUGUUUAAAAAAAUAUACUCUAAGAGACUUCAAAGUAGAAAUAAAGUUAAGAAAACAUAAUGAAAAAGGAAAGAAAUGAGGUAAACAACUCUUAGGAAGAGAAUUAAGAAAAAAUUGUCCUGGAGUUUUUCUCCCUGAGGAAAACAGCGAAGCUCUCAAUGUGGACCCAAUGAUAACCAUUAGAAAUUUGGGGGAAAAUUAACUAUUUUUUGAUCAAAAUAAAAUUCUCAUCAUAAAUAUACCAGUACUUAUGCAUACUAAGAGAAAUCUUAAAAAUCAUAUUAUUUACAAUUUUGGUAGGAAAAUUAAUACCUGAAGAUAAUUUACUUGUCUAAAACUCACAGGCCAAGCGGGGCAUAGUGUUGCAUGUCUAUAAUCCCAACUACUUGGGAAGCUGAGACAGGAAGAUUACAAGUUCAAGGCUAGCCUGGGCAAUUUAGUAAGACUCUAUCUCAAAAUAAAAAAAAAUAAGAAGGUCUAAGAAUGUAGCUUAAUUGUAGAGGCCCCCUGGUUACUGAGGCCAUGCUCAGUACCAACAAAGUAAAACAAAUAAAAAUAAAAAUCACAGGCCAAUUAACUGGAGAAUCAAGAUGAGAAUUCAGCUCUUCAGAUUCAGGGACCAUUCUUUCAUUUUAGGCCACUGAUCUGAACAAAUUUGUCCUAUGACAGACCUUAGAAAAAGAUAUGCAACCUCUUUGUUGGGUCCUAGGAUAGCCAUGCUUAUUCUUGUUAAUAUUUUUUUUAAAAGAUUUUAAAAAUAUUUGAAAUAUUUGUUCAGUUGAGUUAAUGUUAAAACUGGACAAUUUUAGUUCUGACUGUCUAUGUAAUACAAUUUCAACAUCCAACUGAGUAUGCAAAAGCAAAACUGUAAGGAUGGGAAGGGGAAAUAUUUUUGCACAUUUAUAACAAUGUAAGAUGUUUUAUUCAAAUAACUGAUGAUUGCAGAUAAGAGAAUAAAUAGAAAAUGAGAUAGUCUUUUCAAAAACAGCUAUAUGAAUGAGAAACACAAGUCAGUUCAAUUAGGCAAAGGAUUAAUUGAAUUGCUGACCAAACCAAUUAUACUCUUCUGGUACUUCUCAUGCUAAACCCUGGGAAGGGGCAUUUUGGGGUCCAAAUCAGCCCUGAAUUCUUCAAUAGGAAGUUGUGUUAUUGGGGGCUUCAGUUGUACUUGGAUUGCCUUAGUUAUUGCCUUUUCAACAGAAAAAUGUCUAUGCAUCUUGUUAUCUUGUUAACUUGAACAUAGGAUAGCCUUGAUAAUAUUUGGCAGAAUUUAUGUGGCCAAAAAGCUAAUUUACCAAACUCUCAAAGUGCUUUUGUGCCUGUCAGUUGUUAUAACAAUGUUUUAUGACCAGUACCAAAUUUGCUCAGUUCUGCUUUCUGACAUUUAAUUGGCUAUCAUCCACAGGGCUGCAGACUCUGAUGGGCCAUGAUCACAAUGUAUCUGUAGCUUCACCACACUAAUUUGGAAACACUCUCUUAGAUACUCAAAUACCUUGCUCUGCCAUUGUCUUAGGAACUAUAGAGGAACAAGGAUACCAGUCACAGGAAUUCAGUAUUUCCAGCCAACUCUUAUGUCAUGAAUGCCUUAGAAUGAUUUUUGAGGAGCUCUUCUGCAAGAGAAUGAAGUUGAGACUUGUUUUUGGUUCAAACAUUUCUAAUUUAACUUCUGGAUUCAGAAUACAGGAAAUAAAUGAUAGCUCAGAUGAAGAGUCCAAUAUCUUGGAUAAAAAAUGAAGAUAUUAUAAGAGGGGACAGGAAAAGAGAGGAGCUAUUAUUGUUGAGCACUUCUACACACUAGGCACUGCAGUUGGGUUGCAGUUAUUGGUAUCACAGAUAAUGAAAUAAGAUGGAGUCAAACCUCUGUGAUUGGAUAGAGAAGAAAUAGAAGCUGUGUAUCUCUCUGUGCAUUAAGUAUAAGUGUGUCAACUCCCUUAUGUCUUGCAAUGAUCUAUAUACAUGACUUUAUGCAAGACCUGUUCUUUUCUACUUUCUGUAUCAAAUAUGAUAGACAUGUACAGGUUUGUUUCCCUGUAAACCCCAAAUCUUUCUUCCCCAAAUCUUUAAGCAAAGCUGACAAGUUGCUCAAUUUGAAUAGAAGUAGAAAAUAAAAAAUUGAAGACUUUCAAUUUAAAAUAGAAACCAUGAUUCUUAACUUCCAUUCAUUGUGUAGAUUGUCACUAAAGUGCUUUUGCAACCAGUGUUAACAUAGGUUGUUCAAUGAUUGCUACAAGUCCAAAUGCUUUGAAAUGAAAAAAGAAAUCUUAACCAAGGCUGUUGUAAAAAAUAUUUAUUUUUUUAUAAAUACCUGUUCCAUUCAGGUUUGAAUAAGCCAUAUAAAGUAUUAUAUUCUGCCAUGAAGCUUAAUGGAUUACAGUUGCUGGUACCUGUAUCUAAGAGAAAGAGCAGAGGGAAUACCAUCAGAUACAAUGAACUUAAUGCCUCUAUUGUCAAAGCAGUAGGUCAACUUAUAGCCACCAUUUUAAUUCAGAUCCCUUUGCCAAUUUAUGUAAGCCUUUGCUUUAUAAAACACAUAAACAAAACACUAGUGAAAAUUCUCAUUUUAAAUCAUAUAGGGUAAUUUAGAAUAAUUUAGAAUAUGCUGAGAUCCUAAUAAUGAUAACUGCCAUCAAAUAAGUAAUAAAUAUUUUUAAAUAAAGGUUUUCUAUUUUAUUGUUAAUUGAUAAUUGUGAGUUUAAAGAUGUUAGUUACAGAUCUAUCUCUCCAUAAAUAAAAGCCUUUAAAUUACAUAUUGAAAUUAAAAGUUUUGAUAACAUGAAUGAAGAUUUUAAUCUUUUCCUGACCAUUCAAAAACAUCAAUUUGUGUAAAGGCACGUGCGUGUGUAUGUGUGUAUUUGAUGCUAUAGAUUGGGAGAAAGUAAAACCCAGAGUUUCCACUUGCAACAUGAAGGAAAUUAAAUGUCACUGAAUAAUUUUAAUUCUCUUAGUUACAUGGCUUUGUCUAAUCUAACCUUCUAUAUAACAGUUUCAAUAACAAGUGAACUUUCACUCUAGAUACUGUUUUGCAGACUUGAAGGAGUAAUCAAACUCUAAAUUAUCAGGGUGCUUGUUCUUCUGUUCAUGAUUGUGCACAAUGAUCUCAUUCUUCUCCUUCAAACACUGCUCAAAUUUCACUAGUUUUAUACAUAUUAGUCCACAGGAAGUGGGCUUAAAACAAGACAAAGAAGAGUAUUGAAUAAUUUUGUUAUUGAUACCCUGAAAACAUUCCUUAGUGAGAGAACACGAUUGAAGCUAUAGAGCAUAAAGGAGUUUGGAGUCAAUUUGGACAUCUUUAUGUACCACAUUUUUGCCUAUGAUCAACCAAAGUCAUUAUAAAGGAGGUGGAUAGAUAAUUUUUAAUUUCUAGGAAAAACAAAUAGCUUUCUAAAUUUAUGUCUAAAAUUUCCCUGAGCUGGUAGCUAGUUUCUAGAUGUCACCAGUGUGUUUUGUACUUUGCCAUGUCUCUAGAUGAUUUCUGUUGCCCAUUACUCCGCCCCCCCACCCCACCCCCCCGCCCCGUGUCACUGUGUCUGUGUAGACAGUAUGGCCCAGUCAUCUCGUGUUCUUCAUGAGCUGUGUAAAGAUUUGGGUCCUCAUAUUUAUGGUGUUAUGCUACAGUUUGAUAUUUUAAUAUUGGCAAAUAUAACUUUGACAUUACUUUUUAUAGCCCUCUUGUUUUUAUAGAGCAAUGAAAGUUCAGACUUUAAGAGAAGUGGUUGCCUUUCUCAUAUGGUCAAACAUAUUUCUUCUUUAUGAUACCCCGGUGUUUCAUCCUUUUCCAUAAUUCUCUAUUAUUACUUAUUUUAAAUGUUUUCCUUAUCACUUUGAAAAACUUAAAUGUCUGUUCUCCAUUUGAAAAUGUGCCAAAAGUACUAUCCCCAUGUAAAUAUGUGGAAACAAUUACUAUAAAAGUACCAGCAUAGUUUAAAUGUAUUACCUUGACAAUUACAAAGAUAAAUAUGUAUUUUUUUCAAAUUGUUGGUGUUAAUAUUGCAACUAAAACAAUAUCUCAGUUUCUUUCAAAGUAAUAGAAUUUUUUUCCUGUAUAUUAUAUAUCUCCCAGAAAGUUUUUAUAAUUUCAUAUGUAAUCAUUUAAAAACCUUUUUGAAAUAAACAAUGCAAACGAA